GCCAUUUUAAAGUACUGCACUGAGUUUUGUUCCAUUUAUAUAUAUUGUCACACUAAGGACCCUCUCUGCAUGAAAGAUCAGACAGGACCAAGUUAACACCUACCAUUUGUGCCUUGGUAACCAUCUUGAACAGUAUUUGCAUUGUACAUCCUGAGAUCACCAUUGUCCUAUGAAGAGUAUCUCUACAGAAUAUCAAUUUCUGUUCUGUGUGAAGAAACAAUUCACUCUGAGAAGACUGGAGAUUUCUUGACAUUGGCUGGACCUUGUAUCCCUUAGUCCUGCUCCACCAUAAAGCACUGGCAGAUCAUCUUUCUUCUUUGCAGUAUCCCAGUUCAAGUGCACUUUCUUCUCAUGAGGAUCUGAGGACAGGGUAAUGAUUUAGGAUGGCUACAGCCGUGCAACCCAAUGAACUGGUAUUUGAGUUUGCAAGCAAUGUCAUGGAUGAUGAACACCAGCUUGGAGACCCCUCUAUAUUCCCUGCUGUUAUUGUGGAACACAUUCCAAAUGCAGAUCUUCUGCACAGCUACUCAGGGUUAAUCUGUGAUGAACCAAAUGAUAUGAUCGCUGAGAACUCCUUAGAUGUAGCAGAGGAGCAGAUCAUAGAAGAUGAUGACCUCACUCUUACAGUUGAAGCUUCCUGUCAAAGUGGAGAUGAGACAAUGGAAACCAUUGAAGCUGCUGAAGCACUUUUAAACAUGGACUCUCCUGAUCCUUUGCUGGAUGAAAAAAAAUUAGCUAAUAUUUUUGGUUCGUGUGAAGAUGAUUUGAUGGACUCUCCAAUCACGCAUGUCUCCGUCACUGUUGAUGGGAUACCAGAGGUGAUGGAGUUCCACCCAAACAUGUAUGCUGAGCCAGCAGACUCUCCCCUGAGCGAACAGCCCAAGAAAAGGAAAGGAAGAAAAGCGAAAACGCCUCGUUCUGAAUCUCCAACCACCACACCAAAUAUAUCUGUGAAGAGGAAAAACAGAGACGGGAAAGGAAAUACUAUUUACCUGUGGGAGUUCUUGCUGGCUCUGCUACAAGACAAGGCAACAUGUCCAAAGUACAUCAAGUGGACACAAAGGGAAAAGGGCAUCUUCAAGCUGGUAGAUUCCAAAGCAGUUUCUAAAUUGUGGGGAAAACACAAGAACAAGCCUGACAUGAACUAUGAGACAAUGGGAAGGGCACUCAGGUACUAUUACCAAAGAGGUAUUCUUGCUAAAGUAGAAGGUCAACGCCUUGUCUAUCAGUUCAAGGAAAUGCCAAAGGAUCUUGUAUUUAUAGAUGAGGAAGACACAAACUCCAGCACCGAAUACUCUGGAAGCUUGUCUUCUGAUCUCUCCUUGCACUCUUCAGCUUCUACUCCCAGCCGGAAUCAGACAAGGGCAUCAAAAGGGUCUUCAAACUCGGGAAUUAAAACCAACUCAACCACUGUUGUAAAAAAUGGGGCCUCAAAAUCCUCCAAAGUAAAAGAACCGGUGGAAACUGCUCAGCAACAACUGUCCUUAAUGCCAUCAGAUUUAUUGAGGACAGUUCACACUGCUCACUCGCCGAAGCCUCAUCCAACCCAGCUUUUUCGGACAGUGCAUUUAAUGCAAACUGGACAAUCGGUUCCAGAUCAAACUUUAACAUGCAGCAUUCAGAACGACUCCUUACCACCUACUCAUACUAUAAGGACUAUUCAGUCUCCAGGACAAGUGCCAGUAGUUGUUUCUCCUGGGAAUCAGCAGCUGCACACUUUAACCCUUCAAACAGUGCCUCUCACCACAGUCAUAACAAGCACAGAUCCAGGAGCAGGAGCCGGCUCACAGAAAUUUAUAUUUCAAGCCAUUCCUUCCACACAGCCUAUGACACUGAUUAAAGAUGAGAUGGUCCUCCAGCCUUCAACAACUUGCUCUUCUCCACCAUCCAUUCUGUUCAGCUCAAACCAGGUUCAGCAGGUUCUCAAUAACAAUGUCCAAAGCCUUUGCAAUGGCACAGUCAGCAUGCCUUCCUCUCCAACCUUCAGUGUGACCUCCCCCAUAAUGACCUUAUCUCCCAGCACUUCCACACUGGCCACUCACCCUACAGGCACCGUGAUCACAUCUGUAAUCAAGUCACCUGAAGCCAGACAGACAUUUCUUUCUACAUCUUCUAGCGGGGGUUUACAGGAGGAUCCCAAUGAUACCGAUGAGCAGCCUGAGCAGAAAUUCCAACCUCAAUGUGUAUUGGUGGUCACCAAUUCAAAUGGCUUUUCAUCACAACUGGAAAUCAAACAGGAAAAUGACCAAUGGGCCUUUGACUCAAAUUAACAAAACAUGUAUAGUUAAUUUUUAUAUAUAAAUGUGAUGGGCUCUUGAAUUAUGUAAUUUAAAAGAAAAAUCUAAGCAAAUCUAUAUAUUUUUUCAAUUCCCAUUAUACGCUGGCAGUAAAAUGUUUCACAGAUUUUUCAAUAGGUUUUGAUUUUUUGUUUUUUUUGUUUCUGCAGUUGCAAUCAGGAAUUUUAAAUACAAAUUCCAGUUUGCUUAUAAUUUCUCACAGACCCUCUCCUUACCAUAAAGAAACAUGAAUUUUCUACUCUGAAGUAUAGUUUUGCAGUCUUUAAUGCAAAUAUUUUUCUAUGAGAUUGUUGUUGUUCUUUUAAUGUAUUCAUUCAAGCUGUGCUUUCUGUAAAUUCUAUUUUGUUUUCUUGUAAAUAUUUUAUAUCCGCAAAACUAUGCAUUUUAAAAACAGAGUUCCAUUAUCCGUUACUUAAACAUGACUACUUGACAAAUAGCAAUAAACAUAAUGCCUUUUUUCGUAUAAAUCAAGUGAAAGGAAAAAUAUAAAUCUGUGUAAAUCAAAUGCAACUUAACUGUUGUUUUGCACUGUUCUCAAGGCAUUGUUUUUUCUUUUCAAUUUGAAAUCUACCAAUAUAAAAUAUGAAUCAAAUGUCACUAGUUAAUAUCUCUAGCAAUAACUACUGUGCCUUAGUUCGAACUAUAAAUUGCAUUAAAAUAUCUCAGAUGUUGUGAAACGAAUGUGUUGGUAUAAAGGAACUUUGUUUUCACUUUUUUUUUUUUAAAUUUUUUUCUUCCCUCUGGUUUUGGGGUUUUCUUCUUUUUUUUUUUACUUGUAAAUAGUGUAUAUUAUUAUCUACGUAUGCAAUACCUGCAAAGAUACAUGCUUAAUUCUACUUCUUUCUUCUUCAGGUUGAUUCAGAUUAAAUUAGUUUUUUAAAGACUUAAGAGAUCAAUAUAUGUUUAGAGCUCAAAUAUUCUGUGUAUUGAUAGACAGAUUUGUAUUUAAAGAAAAUUGAAAUUGUUGAAACACCUUUCAACUUGUUUUUGUAUUUUAAUUGGUUUAUUAAAAAAAAAUGUGCGCCAAUUAAGUAUACAUUUUUACACAUAUGAAUAAAAAAAUCUCUGAAUGUG